AUGCGUCACGAUGCACUGAAAGUCGCGCGGAAAGCAGGCGGUGGUAAAACACCAGCACAUAGCCUCCGCAGCAGCACCGACAGUACCGCAAAAGAAGGAGGACGAAGCACCAAUGGCCGAGGCAACAGACCGCUUUAUGCUGCUGAUAAUGGCUUUUCUGAAUGGCAGCAGGCCUCAUCCUCCCGGAAGCGGGUGUUUCUGCGGCAGCGAUUACAGGAGCUGCAGCACGAGCUGCAGUCGCACCAGGGGUCACCUGGCAAGGACUCCCCUCCUCCGCCUCCGCAUAACGUCCUUCCGCCGGCAGGAGAACUGUAUACGCAUGUUCAGGAGCCACUUAGUUCUUCCUUGCUGCCCUUUGAUGUUGCAGUGCUGGGGGGAGGCCAUGCAGGCGUAGAGGCUGCAGUGGCCGCCUCGCGUUUGGGCCUGCGCGUUGCGCUGAUUUCGCCAGGAGGCAUGGCUUCAGUCGGAGUUCUCUCGUGCAACCCGUCUAUUGGCGGCAGCGGGAAAAGCCACCUUGUUUGCGAGGUAGACGCAUGCGGGGGCCUUUUAGGCCGGGCAGCCGAUAUUGCCGCAGUGCACUGGAGGGUGCUGAAUGUCUCGAGGGGUCCUGCUGCAUGGGCUCCUAGAGUGCAGUUAGACAGGCGACGCUUCGCCGGCUGUAUGCGGAGGUUUCUGAGGGCGUUCCAGCCUUCCCUGACUGUCGUGGACGCUGUCGCGGAAGACGUUCUCACGGAAACUACGGGGCAGCAGCCGCAGGACACAGCGCAAGGAGGGUGGCUGCAGCAGCGGCGACAGCAGAGGGUAUGCGGCGUGCGGCUGAAGGGGGGAGCGGAGCUCGAAGCUUCAGCGGUUGUCGUUGCGGCAGGCACCUUCUUGGAUGCCGUUGUUGCCGUGGGUAGCAGCCGAGCAGAAGGCGGCCGCAUGCAUUCCAGAGCAGAGGCUGCAGUCGCAGAGAACGCAGCCGCUCUGCAGAAGCCGAUGCAGCGCGCCCGCCAUCACCAGCAGCCCUUGCCAGACGCCAUCUGUGACGUGGAGCCGGCAGCGAAGUGCCUUGCAGCAUCGCUGCAGAGACUCGGCUUGCAUAUGACGCACUUCAAGACGGGCACACCCGCGCGUCUCCUGGGCACGUCUAUAGACUUCUCUCGCCUGCAGCGUCAACCGUCAGAUCCAACGCCUCGCCCCUUCUCAGGAGCACAUACGCCUGAGCAGCUGCGGCGGAGGAGGGAGGCCUGGAUCGAGUGCUAUAUAGGGCGCACGACCGACCAAACCAAGAAAAUCGUUCUGGAACACUUAAAAAGUCUUCCAGUGCAUCUAGGGGAUGACGGCCAAGGCGUCGGGCCCAGAUAUUGCCCUUCCAUUGCUAACAAGAUCCGUCAGUUUCCGAACAACUCGUCGCACGUGAUUUGGCUCGAGCCCGAAGACCCCCAAAUGACGGUGGUGUAUCCGGGGGGCCUCUCGGGAUAUGAAGAAGCCGCAGCCCUAGGGCUCCUCGCAGGCUGGAACGCUGGUCUCUUUGCAAGGGCGCAGAAAGCGAGGUUUCGCAAGGCCCCUUAUAGCGACAUCUCCCAUACAGCGACCCCAGCAGUGGCAGCAGCCAGUGCAGAUGAGAGAGGAGGCGGAGCUGUAGGAAGUGCUUACGCAGCCACACUGCCCAAUAGCAGCUCGGCAGAGACAGCAGCCUGCCCUCCGCCUGCAAGGAGCUCGCGCUUGAAGCACAGCAAGCUAGUCGAAUGCCAGAGCACGCACACUGCCGCCAGUUCACUCAACUUGGGCACCACCGCUAGCAGUGUUGCCUCGCCGUGUCUGCCAGAGUGCGUCGUGUUGGACUCUCGAGCUAGCAUGGCAGGAGCUCUUGCAGAGCAACUGACGUCACGGAACGCUACAGAGCCUCUACGAGCGUUCGCCGCUCGCGUGCCAUCCCGCCUGUCCGUCCGCUGUGACAAUGCGGCGGAGAGACUGCUGCCCAGGGUCCUCCAUGGGGGUCUCUUGCCACAGCAUCACCCCAAGGUUACGAGGGCGAGGAAGAAAAUGGAGAAUGUGCAGAGGCUCGUAGAUCUUAUCCGGAACUUUGAGCUGCCAGCCACCCAGUGGGCCUCCCGCGUCAGUGAGGCCAUCGCUGCGCUUCGGCGGAAAGUGCAGCUUCCUCAGCUCGGCGCCAGUGCAGCCUCGGCAGCAGCAGCCGCAGACACAGUGACCCUAACAGGGGCGGCUGCGAAAGCGGCACAGGCAGGCGAAGAGGAAACUCUGGUAGCACCCCAAAGAGGUCCUCUGACGUCUGCAGCGCCUCUUCCUGCGGAAGGGGCAGCCGUUUCUCGCGCGGUGCAUGCGGAGCGCAUCAAGGCCCCAGCCUCCCUGCUGCUGCUAGGUCUAGAGAGUUGGCAGUUGGCAGUUGGAAAAGGGCAUCGCCGAUGGACGGCAGCGCAGCUCCUCGCAGGACUGCCCCCCGCCUUAGCGAAACUCGAGCAACCGAACACCAGCUGCCGCAGUACGGCCCUUCCAGAGGCCUCACAAGAAGGUCACCGCGAAGACGAAAACGAGCAGAACGCUGCCCAGCGCAAGCCGCCGAGUUCUACGUCGCCGACCAUUGACGGCUUCUCCGAGCGGCCUAUAAAUGCUCUUGGAGGGCCCCAGGAACACCCUCAUUUGGGUCGUGAUUGCGUUGCGCUGCAGUUGCUGGUAUCGCUGAUGCUGGAUGAGCUCAUGGGCAGCAAGGGCAACGCCGCUUCGAGCAGCUUGGCUUUCGGUGGCUUAGAGAGAGUGCCCGAGAGGGCAGACGGUGGCGAGGAGGCAAAUGCUGCAGUGCUUCUCUUACAGCAGUGUCUCUGCCCCUCUUUUGGGAGCUCCAUUGCGAGCACGGUCUACGCAGAGGUGCGAUAUUCGUUCUACUUUAGAAGGGAAGAAAGAGAAGCCGAAGCUGCCCGGUCGGACCACCCAAUACCGGAAGAUCUGGGAAGGGCCUCUGCGGGGUGGAGGCACAAAAAUCUGUACGAGUGCGCGCACGCAUGUCCACCUCCAUGCCGCGCAACGUUUGCUGCUAAGGCUACGGCUGCGGUUGACGGGGAAGCCUGUGCAGACGCUGGCCUUGCUGCUGCUGCCAAAACUAGUGGUGCUUAA